AUGGGUUGUUUAGAUGAUUGGGGAGGGAAACUUAUGUAUUUUGAUUGUGAUAGUUUGAAGAAUGUAGAGGAAUAUUUCUUUUGCAUAAUCACACUGGUAUUUCUGUCGUUUGCGCUAUUUUCGUAUGAAGGUCAAAUAUUAGUAUCGUCUGCCGACUUUCCUGAAAUAUUUUUGUGGAAUCGAGUGUUCAUGCAAUAUUUUCGUAGUCCAAACCUCCUCUCAACUUUAUAUAUGAAAAACUCAGUUGCAUAA